AUGCUCGCCAUUAUCUUGUUCCUUGGAGGAGACUCUAUAUUGGUAAUGAUGGUUUAUACCCUGCUUUCAAUGGUCAAUCGUUGUAUUGGUGACGCUGCUCGUGAUGUUGUACUGACACCAGAUGAUAUUCCUUUUGGAUAUAAUCCUCAACCUGUAAUUCCUGAAAGUCGUGCAGCUCCAUAAAUUGAAACUUUUGCAUCUCCUGAAGAAGAACAACCAUAUUGGGGAGAAGAAGAAUAAGAAUUUGUUCCUGUUACACCAGAUGCUGUUCCAAAUGUCUUCCCUGAAGAAGAACAACCAUAUUGGCCAGAAGAAGAGGAAGAGUUUGUUCCUCCUGCUCAAAGAUUUGCAUCCCCUGAGGAAGAACAACCAUAUUGGGGAGAGGAAGAAUAAGAAUUCGUCCCACCACCUGUUAGUCCUCCAGUUAUUCCUGAUGAAAUUUAACCAGAACCUUUGCCUGAGCCUGAACCUCAACCAGAACCUGAGGCUGCUCCUGCUCCCUCACCUAAAUCAGCCCCAGUACCAGUUCCUCCUUCUGAACCACAAGUUCCAGUUGUCAAAGAAUGUGAAGCAACAAUUGAUGUCACUAAAGAAAAUGCUGCAGAUAUUUUAUGUGCUAUCUCAGAGUAUUUAGCAUAGUUAGCUUCUGGCCAUGUCCCAGAAUUAGGUAUCAAUCCAUCAAGGGUUUGUUUCUGUUUGCAAUAUGAUGAUAGUGAUUCAAAUGAAUCAUUUAUGCAAGUUGAAGCCAUUCUAAAAGAAAAUGAUGCAUAUACUAUUAAUAAAUUAGUGGGCUAAAGAACAAUUUGAUUUAAAAUAAUAAAACAUAAUCAAAUUUAUUAUCUAUAUGUUUUUUU